AUGAAUAAAACAUCAAUACAGUUUCCAGACAUUCUGUCCUUGCAUGACAUUCCCAUAUCUGCAGUCAGCAAUGAUCAACUAAGUAUAUUCUUAGUUAUAGUCAGAGUUAUUGUCACUCAAGGACUCUGUAUCCUCGGUGUCGUGACCAAUGUUCUCUGCAUCGUCACCUUUGUAGCCCAAGGUCUUCGCGACACGGUCAACACUGGGCUUCUGGCCCUAGCUGUGUCCGAUCUGCUGUCCCUCGUCACUCUGUCCUGGCUCAGCGUCUUGCACACCCCUGACUUUAGUUCUCGUGACCUUCCGUUCAUACCGCUAGAGAUGGGAUACCUGACCGCAGGAUGGCCUCACGUGUUCUUCACGCGCAUUACCACGUGGAUCACUGUGUACAUCACAUUGGAAAGGUGUUUCUGCAUUGCUGCUCCUAUGAAUGUCAAGGCUGUGUUCACACCGAGGCGUACGGUCAUGUACAUUGUUGGAGUCUACCUUGUCAUGUUGGCCAGCGUCUUUCCAAUCUACUACACUGCCAGAUUCGCCAACAAAUUUGUGCCACAGAAAAAUAUAACUCUGCUGGGGAUAGUUUUCAUCUCAGACAGAAAUGAUAUUGAGACCGUAUCGUUUCACAUCAACAAUAUACUGCCUUUGACAGCUUUCAUAUUAAUCAUUGUAGGUACGGCCAUUUUGACAAGAAAGCUGCUACAAAUUUCAAUAUGGCGUCUUAAAACAUCUUCGGUAAAUAGAUCAGAAGAGAUGUUGUCUAGAGACACAAAAAUUGUGAAAAUGAUCGUUUCUUUGUCAACAAUAUUUAUUCUCUGCUACCUACCAGGAACUAUUGUAUUCAUCUGGAUGAUGUUAGACCCAGAACUCAGGAUUGAUGGCCAACAUUCAUAUCUGUUUGAAGCAGCAUUCGCUACCUUGUUUCUACUGGAAGCUCUUAACUCCUCUGUCAGUAUAUUUGUGUAUCUUGCAACCAGUACAAAGUUUAGACAGACAUUUUUCAAAAUGUUUUUUAAACCCAUCAAAUCACAACAAGAUCCUACCGCAAGUAAUGUUUCUGUUAAACAAACAAGCACACAAUCUGAAAGCGAACGAUUAACUCCUGAAAGAACAAUAUUUUAA